AUGUCUCUCGUAGCGAACGAAGAAUUUCAGCACAUUCUGCGUGUGCUCAACACAAAUGUUGACGGCAAGAAGAAGAUCAUGUUUGCCCUAACCUCCAUCAAAGGUAUCGGUCGUCGUUUCGCCAACAUUGUCUGCAAGAAGGCCGAUGUCGACAUGAACAAGAGAGCUGGAGAACUCUCUGCCGCGGAGCUUGAUAACCUCAUGACCAUUGUGGCGAAUCCUCGCCAGUUCAAAAUUCCAGACUGGUUUUUGAACAGGAAGAAGGAUUACAAGGAUGGGAGGUAUUCUCAAGUUGUUUCCAAUGCAUUGGACAUGAAGCUGAGGGAUGACCUCGAACGCCUGAAGAAGAUCAGGAACCACCGUGGUCUCCGUCACUACUGGGGUCUCCGGGUACGUGGGCAGCACACCAAGACUACUGGACGCAGGGGAAAGACUGUUGGUGUCUCCAAGAAGCGAUAG